AUGUUUCUUCGUUGUGCAAAUCAACUGGCAUCAGAACACCCGUUUUUGUACGGCUUUCGACUGAGACUCUCAGGCCGGGAGUUUCCCGAUCUUGCUCGAAACCCACGUGGCUUCGCAGUCAAAUUCUACACAGGCGAAGGCAACUACGACAUAGUUGGAUUCAACUUCAUACUGAUGACGGCGAAGCCUGUCUUCUUUUGCCGCGAUCCUAUUCAGGGCCCGGACGUAAUCCGCUCUCAGUAUCGGAACCCCCAGAACUUCCUCCUAGACCUAAACUCACUAUUCGAUCUUCUGGGUAAUACCCCUGAAGGGUGCGUUAUGUGUAGCAAAUGGUACGGAGAAUUGCUAUACUGA